UUGUCGUCAUCGUCGCAAGUGGUGCACGCGUGAUCGGUUUGCGCGGUGAUUUUUUUUUUUAUAGAACGUUCUUACUCUAGUCGGUUUUAUACAUUUUCACUUUCAACCAGUGCCUUGGCAGUAUUGACUGUUAUCUGUGACUGUGAUGUACUACUAGAUUACGUUACUAUAAAAUAAAUCACUAAAAAUGGGCCAGAAAGUGUCCAGAACAGAUUUCGAGUGGGUUUACACCGAGGAGCCCCAUGCUAGUCGACGAAAAAUCAUUCUAGAAAAGUACCCGCAAAUAAAGAAGCUGUUCGGGCACGACCCGUUGUUCAAGUGGGUGGUGACGUUAAUGGUGGUGACCCAGCUGUGCAUGCUGCCGGUGGUGCAGCAGCUGAGCUGGCCCGCCACGCUGGUGCUGGCAUACUGCUUCGGUGGCGUCAUCAACCACUCGCUGAUGCUGGCAAUCCACGAGAUCGCCCACAACUUGGCGUUUGGACACAACCGGCCGAUGGCCAACCGCCUCUUCGGUUUCUUCGCCAAUCUCCCCAUUGGGAUACCUAUCUCCAUCAGCUUUAAGAAGUAUCACUUGGAGCACCAUCGGUACCAAGGAGACGAGGUAAUAGACACAGAUCUCCCGACUCUUCUAGAAGCAAAACUGUUCAACACAACUGGUGGGAAGCUAGUAUGGCUGUUCUUACAACCAUUAUUCUACGCGUUGAGGCCUCUGGUGGUCCGUCCGAAGCCCCCCAGCCCACUAGAGCUGAUCAAUCUAAUUAUUCAGCUGUUUUUCGACGCUGUUGUCGUUAAAUUGUUCGGGUGGAAGGUGUUAGGGUAUCUAAUAUACGGCUCGCUGAUGGCUAUGGGGGUCCAUCCAGUUGCUGGCCACUUCAUAUCGGAGCACUACAUGUUCCGCAAGGGGUUCGAGACGUACUCGUACUAUGGGCCGCUGAACUGGAUCACGUUCAACGUGGGGUACCACAACGAGCACCACGACUUCCCCGCCGUGCCCGGCCGCAGGCUGCCUGAGGUAAAACGCAUAGCACCGGAGUUCUACGACGAUCUGCCGCAACACAACAGCUGGUCGUCCGUUCUGUACGACUUCGUGACAGACCCCGACAUAGGUCCAUACGCCCGCAUCAAGAGGAAACACCAUGGCCUCGACAGUUAGAGAGAGAGACUUUCAUAAUUAGAACGUGAUACAAGAAAACCAGGUAUGCUCAAAAGUGACAGCUAACAUUUCAAGGUUAGCCCAGCUGACGUCAUCCCACCCUGUGUUGCCAUUUCGUAAAAAAUAAGUUACCCACGACCAAUGUGUUUAAUUUACUUUUCAAGUCAAUUUUGAAGUUUUAGUAAAAUAUUUACUUACUUUAAUGAUUUUUAUAUACGUGUCAAGUAAAAGUAAUUAAAUACAUUAGUCAGUAAUUCACUUAAUUUUCAAUAAUAAAAUUUAUGUCCUUGGAAUGUUGGAGAUACCAAUUUAAUGGUAACACUUACAUCAAGAAACAGCUAGCAAUGGCGGCUUUUUAUGGGAUUAAGCAUACCUGGUUUUCUUAUAUCAUGCGCGCCACGAAAGUCCCGCGGGUUUUACAUAACAUGACAGCAUCACGCCUAUAUCCCCAAAGGGGUAGGCAGAGGUGUAAAGUAUACAGGGUGUUAGUAACACCGCACCGAUAACUGAGGAGAAUUUACCGUCGUAAAAACAUAAAGAAACAUGAAUUUUGUCGACGGAAAAUUCCACUUGAUAUUGACUCAGAAUAAUGAGCUGAAUCAUCCCCCUCAGUAUUCGAGUGUCACUAACACCCUGUAUAUACCCACUCCUCGCCAGCUAUUUCGAUUCCGCGGAUUUCAAUGGAACUAAUUGACAAGUUAUAAUAAUUCUAAGCGGAUACUGCGACAGUAGCGCCGCGGCCGCGGGACUGCUUUCGUGGCGUGGACUCCACAGCUGUUACAAAUAGCUUGAUUAGAAUGAAAGCUAGAGAGAAAUAUAGUAUCGAGCCUAGUGUGAAAGAGGCGGGAAAUACCUAUGUCCCAUUCGCACUAGGCUAUAUUGGCCCUGAAUCCAGCACGCACAACCUAAUUUUAUUUUAAGUUACACCUGUCAUAUUCUUAUCCGCCGAAGAGGAAAGUGACAGAUGAUUGACAACUGUCAAUUUUAAAAUGAACGAGUGAAUGAAUGGAAUCACCCGAACGAAUCGAAUAGGCAUCUCGCUGGUACGCAACCCGUUUAGCAUUCUGUCGGGUUAUAUACGUCUUCAUAAAAAUUUUAGGGGGUUGUUUAAGAUUUCCACCAAAAUUGACGUGUGUUCCAUAAAUUUUUGGGCCGUCGACUACCCGUCCCUUUCCUUUCCGGCGGAUAAAAUGACAGGUAUAACUUAAAAUAAAAUUAGGCGUAGCGUAUUGGGGGGUUAAAAUGGCCACAUCGAAGCAAUUCAUCUAAGAAAGCAAUAUUGCUAUUUGACAUUUGAUUGCAUUUGCGCACUUUCUUUUAUAUGCGCAAAUGUCAAAUUGCUUUUUUAGAUGAAUUGCUUCGAUGUGGCCUUUUGACCCCCCUGGUAUCAGCACCAUAUUUUUUCUAUACCGCUGUCAUUAUAAUCAAGGUAUUUUUAACGAAGUAUACCACCUUAAUUCUCAUUCCUCGGAGAGCAUGGUCAGCUAAAUUGAUAGCACGAUAGAUGAAUGCUUAGUGUUGUCUUUGCGUUUGACACUACCGUUACUUUUUUUGACGACAAUUUUUUUAGUCUGAUAUUUUUUUUAAAUUGUGCCGUUCUGCACUUACUAUAAGUGCAAGACAACCUACAGGAUGUUAGUGAUACCGUACCGAAUACUGAGGGGGAUGAUUCAGCUCAUAAUUCUGAGUUAGCGUCAAGUGGAAUUAUCCAUCGCAAGAUUCAUGAUAUAUUAUGUGUUAUUUUAUUAAUUAUUUUUUAUCACUUGAUAUCAACUCAGAAUCAUGCUGAAUCAUUCCCCUGAGUAUUCGGUACGGUGUUAUUAACACCUUGUAUAGUUAUAAAUAGAGAUGUGCCGAUGACUAGUUACAGACCACGAUAUUGUCGACUAGUCGCUGCAUCUCUAGUUAUAAAUUAGUGAUAAUUCCUGUAAACACCUUUUAAUUUUAUUUUAAGUUAUACCUGUCAUUUUCUUAUCCGCCGAAAAGGAAAGGGACGGGCAAUCGACAGACACAAUAUUUAUGGAACACACGUAAAUUUUAGGCAGAAAUUUAGAAAACCCUCCCAAAAAUUUAUAUUGGCCAAUAACCCGACAGAAUUUUGUUGACAGCACACGUCAAACGAGUUGCAUAUUAGCGAGAUGACUAUUUUAUUAGCCCGGGUUAUUCAUUCAUUUUAAAAUUAACAAUUGUCAAUCAACCGGCCGUUUCAUUUUCGGCGGAUAAGAAAAUGACGGGUAUAACUUAAAACAAAUUUAGGAGGGGUCUGCAGGAAUUGGGGCCAUUAUCAAACUAAAAUAAAAAUUUGAUCAUGUUUGCCACUAUCUGCAUUUAUGUUGGUGAAAAGUUUGAAUAGUUGGACGUAUAAAGCUACAGUGCGCAACGCUCCUUAGAAAGCUCUAUUUAUAUAGCUAGACUUUUGAGAUGUAUAUUGAAUAUGUGUAUUUUUUUAUUCAUAAAAUCGAACCAAACAAUAGGAAGACUAAUCAAUAGCCUUCUAAAGAAAAAAAAACAACAUUUUUUACA